ACAAUCAUUUUGAAGCAAGCAGCCCUCAUCACCAGAAGUUGAAAGAAAAAACCAGAACGUUUUGCGUUUGGGAAGCGAGAAAAUGAGCGGAGCAGGAAAGAAAGUAGUGGAUGUGGCGUUCAAAGCAUCAAAGAACAUUGAUUGGGAAGGGAUGGCUAAGCUUUUGGUCUCCGAUGAGGCUCGCAAAGAGUUCGCCACUCUUCGUCGCACUUUCGAUGAAGUUAACUCCACUUUGCAGACAAAAUUCAGCCAGGAACCUGAACCUAUUGACUGGGAAUACUAUAGAAAAGGAAUUGGCUCUCACGUGGUGGAUAUGUACAAAGAGGCUUAUGACAGCAUAGAGAUCCCCAAGUUUGUUGACACAGUCACCCCUCAAUACAAACCAAAAUUCGAUGCAUUGUUGGUUGAAUUGAAAGAAGCAGAGGAGAAAUCCUUUAAAGAGUCUGAGCGCUUGGAAAAAGAAAUUGCUGAGAUUCAGGAACUGAAGCAAAAGAUCAGCACCAUGACAGCAGACGAGUACUUCGAGAAACACCCUGAGCUGAAAAAGAAAUUUGAAGAUGAGAUCCGGAAUGACAACUGGGGCUAUUGACAUAUCUUUACUGAUUUAAGGAAGCUUUCACUGUCUUGGCCAGAAUUUCUAAGUGGUCAUGUUUUUUCUGUUAUUUUUACCCUGACGACGAUUGCCGAACCCUUUUUUGUGCAAUUUGGUUGCUCUGAGUUGGAAAGUUUGGGCUCCAAUAAUAAUUCGGUUUUCUGUGUAGAAAAACAGAUUUAUCCGUUCACUUGAAAACCAAAGUGGAUAUUUUAAGACAUGCAUCAUUUAAGUGGCAUUCAGAUGAUGUUUUUAAGGGAAAAUUUAUUUCAUCUGCCUGGCCUGUUUCCUCAAGAAGUCAGUUUUUCAUU